UGCUUCUUCCGGGAUUAAAACAGAUUGCUGUGAGGUAGCUUUAACAAAGUUAAUUUCAUUCUGAAAACACAUGGUCUUUUAAACUGUGUCUUGAAGUAAAUAUUACGAACCUAAUAUGUUAGGUAUGUGCUACUGGUGAGAUUUUUACCAAUAUAAUGUAUGCAAGGUUUAUAAAUACUUGGAUUAUUUCUGUUUUAUGAUACUUGUCAAGUAUGUGUCAUACACAUUUGAGUAUUUCAUUUAUUUAUCGAUGGUAUCGUUUUGGACGAAAAGGUUGACCAAAUAUAUUGUGAUAAAGUGAAAUUGCGAUUUAAUAACUAUUUUUUGAAAAAUUGUCAACGACAUGUCUUCAACCAAACCGCAAUCGCUUUCUUGCACCCUCACUGGUACAGAUCAAGAAAUCCGUGACGACAAUGUCUGAGGACAUUUGACAGCCUUCAGUCACAACAAAUGACGUCAUUGAGUGCUCCUUAUCCUAACUCAUUCUACUACUGUGCCCUCGCCGUUAUCAGCAACAGCGCCUUGUGGUUGUGAUAAAUUGCUGACCAGUCUGAUAAGUCGAGAUAUAAAAUGUGACGUACAGCCAACAUAAAUGAGGUUAUACUCUCACAGUAAAAAUAGCGCGAGUAAAGUAAAUUAAACGCAUUGAGGAUUUACAACAGGGACAUUGCAAAAUAAACUUUGUAAGAUUUAACCAGGAAAGGUCUUAUAUUGACAUUCUCUUAAAAUAAUGACUUGUUUUUAUAACUUUUGUUCAAAUGUAAGCAUGGAAUUCAAAGAUAAAUCGAAUAUUUGUUGAUUUAAAUUCACAAAGAUUUUGACUGGGUCUAAUCGACAAAUCCAUAAUUAUAGAGUUUUAUAGACCUCUGUCGGUAUUUGUUUUAAAAACGUUUGAGUCAUUUGUACUUGGUGUUAAUAUUUAAAAUGCUAAAACUGGAAUGGAGUAUAAAUAUUAUUGAAGUUUUCGUUAAACAAUAAAUGCCACUUCCUUAUCUAAAAUUUAUGUGUUUCAUUCGCAUGCAUCGUGAGAUACAAAUAAGUAUACAGUUGGGAUGAUGAUUUAAACCUGAAGAAAAUGAUACUAUUCUACUUUCUAGUUUAUAACCACUGGGAGUGUUUAACACUGCGGUUUUGAUAAUUAGUCUAUAAAGCUCCGGGACCGAACGCCUGGUUUGGGAGAUCGGAAUCGCUGUAUAAAUUUGUGAAUUGAUUAGAUAGGCAUUGGACUUCACUUGUGUUGGCGCCAUAGAGAAGAUAGAUAAACACAACGAGAAAUUCAUGGACAUUAUCAUUGAAAGUGUAUGAAAAGACAAUUGAGUAAAACAGUUUAUUAGUUGGAAUUGUCUAUUGGCUUUAACGAACUAUUUCAAAAGCAAUUUACCAUCAAUUUUUAACCAUUAUUUUAAACAUAUUUACUGAAAGUGCAAGGUUAAACGAACAUGUUCAAUACCACGGAAUAUGUUGAAAGUAAUCGGAUGGAGAGCUUGGACGAAUUGAACGACCGUUAUGCAAGAGCAUUACUUCCUCUUACAAUAACCUUCGGUUUCUUUGCUAUCUUCGGGUUCCUUGGAAACAUUUUAAUUCUUGUCGUGUUUUCUUUGAGUCGGGAAUACAAGCGGAAUAAUUUCAAAGUGUUCGUCCUGACCCUAGCUGUGAUAGAUCUGGUGAUAUGUGUAACUUUGAUACCUGCUGAGAUGGUGAAACAGAGGAAAUACUUUGAGUUUGGGGACGAGGUAACGUGCAAAGUUAAGUGCUUUUUCAACGUGUUUGGGGCAUCUUCCUCAUGUCUCGCCCUCUUGGUCAUUUCAAUAGAUAGGUUUAGAAAAGUGGUGCAGCCGUUCAAGAAGCAAAUGUCACCAGCCAUUGCAGUACGAAUUUUGAUGGUGGUUGCUUGUGUAUUACCUAUACUUUUAGCUAUACCCGGAACUAUUAUGUGUGGAAUAAAAACAACAAAUAUGACGAAUAUACAUGGAGGAGUCACCACAAUUCAUCUAUGUGAAACAGAAGAAAAGUACGAGAAAUCCAUAUGGAGAACAGUCUACAAAUUCAUACUCCUAGUUUUGCUGGUUGUAAUUUCAUUGACGUAUAUAGUGUUGUAUACAUUUGUGAUGAAAGAAGCUGCGAAACAAAUAAAAGCUAUAUCCAUGCAACGCAAUUUUCCAUCCUAUGACACAGUGUUUACCUCUGGGAUUUAUAAUCAAAAUACAAUUGUUCAUGAAACACCGGAAAUACACCGAAAGCAAAUAGAAACACGUAAAAAUGGAACAAAUGACAUACCCAAUAAUGUUGAGGACGAUUCGCAAUCAUAUGGCACGCUACAGAACGGGGCUUCGAAACGUAGCAAGAACAACAAGCAGACCAGCGUAAAUGAUCGACAAAAGAAAACCAGACAUUUCCCUACAAAGACCAUUAUUUGGUUUAUAUUGACCAUUGUGUUCAUUGUUACGUAUGUUACCCAUAAUUUUCUGACUCUACAAGUUGGAAGGAUUGUCAAUAUGUCACCAAGUGAGUUUACAUUGUUUUCGUUUUUCUUUCGUAUAUAUUUCUUAAAUCAUGUUAUUAAUCCAAUCGUGUAUGCUAUAUUUGUCAAACGAUUCAGAAGUUCUUGCAGAAAUGUAUUUCCUCUUAUCUUAUCAAAACUUAGACAAUGUUUUGUAAGAUAAUUUUGCGAACUCGCAAUAAACAUGGUAUUAAACGGAUUGAAGACGAAUGCAUCUUUCGAUAAUAAGAUUUCUUUUUUAAUAUUUUAUUAUCUUUAUUUGUCAAACGAUUUAGAAGCCCUUUCAGAAAUGUGCUUACUCAAUAUUGUGUUAGAUAGCGUAGCGUACUUCAUGGAAAUGUUUCACCUUUAUUAAAAUAAAACCAUACUAACAAG